AUGUUUGACCAGAUUCCCAGCAAAAGUAUGAGAUCACUAUUACUGCUGGACCCAGCCAAAAAGUGGACUGUCGUGCUGGUGGGCGGCGAGGCGAUCACCGCGUUGACGUACAAAGAGUACCGAUCACCCCAGGGAGGUCCUGGCACGGUAAUCGAUGAGCUGAAAAAGAUCACUGACCUCAAGGAUCUGCAUCUCUCGCAAACCGGUGAGAACCUCCGUCUCUGGUACACCACAGCGGCCGACGCGGUCUAUUACUACACCACCACGACGACGGCUCUCUCCGAGGGCGUAGUAAUCCCCCUGCUUGCGAAAGGGCUAGGGGGCCGGAUCUCCAGUCUGCUGUCCAGCCGACAGGCCGACGGGGAUAGCAGGCUUUUGUUCAGUAGUCUGCUGUCCGUGGACGAGCACGGAAACCUGUCGUUGCUGCACCAGGACCCCAUCUCCCUGGCGUGGCAACAGUACCCGUUCUGGCAUGCCUCGGUGGAGACUGUGACCCCAGUGACCAGAUUCAUGGUCCGUCUGCAUGCGACGGUGGUGAAUGACAACGACGGGGAUUCCGCAGAACUUCUCCCGGGCUGCUGGAUGCGCGUCAGCUGUUCCGGUGUGGUUCGGUGCAUUAUCAAUGGCCGUCACACCACUCUCUCGCCGACGGCGGAGUGGCACCAGACUGAUGCCAAGGGGGUAUUGAAUAUCCUGCUGCAGACCGACGAUGCGACAAUCCACAAGUUCGCGGUCGAUGCCUAUCGUCCGGCGCAAGCACCAUCGAAGCCGAUGGCUACAGCAGCGGAAAGAAACCUGACCGACCCGGUCCUGGAUCCGUCUCAAAAGGUGCUUCCUAAAAUCGAGGGUGUCAAAACACCGGACGAUGUCCAAAAUCUGAAAAAGCCUGAUGGAAGCCCGUUGUUUGCAAAGCAGUUCGACCCUGAAGGUGCAAAAGGAGCGGUGACCGCAUUCAAGCAGUUAGUCGCCAGUGCGAAGGACCUUAAAAACAAGGAUAAAGAUCGACUGCAGGCAUAUCACGCAGCUGUCGUUUCCCCAGAGAGCCCCAACGCUUCCCCAGAUAUUCUCGUCCCUUUUGGGUUCUAG